CCCCGUGCGCGCGGUCGACGCCGCGCGUCACGCACGCGGCGUCGCACCGUCGUCGUCGUCGUGGUGAUCAACUUGGAACGAAUGGACACCAGCCAGGAUUGUCAUCGAUCGCCAGAAACGGUACCGCAGGUGUUUAGCGAGCGACCGAUCGACCAGCCUCUGUCGUGUACUGAGAAAAAGAUUGUGAUAAGGAAACAAGACGCGUUCUUUCUGACAGAAGACGAGGCUAUCGACUGAAAUUCGACGUGCUGGAGAAACGAUGACGUGCGCGUUUCACGCGCGAGUAAACCUGCCUCCGGAAAUCCGUAAAGUCGCGCGAUCGCGGAGGAGUUCCUCGCACUACACAUCUGAGGUUCAUUUCAGCCGCGAAGAUCCCCCCGAGCGAUCUAGUCGAUCGUAAUGUAAAAUCGAUCGUGCUCGGGGGGAACCGAAGAGAGGAAUGCAUCCGGCGGGCUUUUUCGACGAGAGGCGUUUCCGGAAACGAUAGACUCCUUCUCAGGCCGAUCAGCAGCAAUCUCGGAGUAGCACGGUUCGAGAUUACUCCGCUCUCGAUCUUUCAAACUAUCCCGACUGAUAACUAUCAGCAAUACUCUCCUUCUCUCUCUUUUAGCAAUUACCACAUAUAUCGAUCUCGAUGCACGAGAUUUCUCUGGCAAGCCUAACGAGGCAGGAAGAAUUACAACUCUAGAGAGGAAGGAGGAGGGAUAAUUAAAUUCAGUUAAUUAGCUGCUAUUCGAUGCUAUUUGCAAAGAACAGGAAGAGAUGCGAUUAGAAGAGUUUUUAUAGGACGAAAAUAAAGACAUAAUGCAGAAGAUAGCGGUAAUGCAGACCGCGAUACACAAAGGCUAUAAUAAUGGCAGCAAUGUUGAUGCGAGUAACGCCCUGCCAGAUUACAACGACUCGUCGUCGACCAGCAAGAGCGGUCGUUUCGACGCGGAUCUGCACGGCAACGUUAACCUUCUUCUUGGUAGCGCCAUGAUCAGCGCUGUGAUCAUGAUGGUGGUGCUCAUAUGCUACUGCUGUCACAAGAACGUCCGGAAGCAUCGACCACAGGAAUAUUCGCAGUACUGGAGGGCCGAGCCAGACAUUCAUAGUCUAGAAGUCUUUACCAUGGAUGCACAUGCCAUGCAGUGUCUCGAGAGAUCGACGGGAACUCAAGCCCAUCAGGAAGAGGGAGUGUCCACAUCUCUUCCGCUGUGUCCCGUGACCUCAGGUCCGCCGCCAGCUUACGAGAGUCUCAUCUUCGACCCUCGGGCACUGCCCUCGCCGACCGACAAGAAAGACGAGUCUGACGAUCCCGGUAGCAUUAUCUCGCCCCCGGUGAACAGCCUACCCAGCGAAUCGGAGGCCAACAGGAUCAACAAGCGAGAAGAUGUCCCGAGGGACGAUCAGGGUUUGCCUUCCUACGAGGCCGCCCUAAAAUUAGAAGCUGACGGCUACGUUUAAGUGCUGGAUAAGGAUCGAAAACUGCUUCGAACUGCGGAUCUUGAAUCGUGAAAAUUUCCGUCGCCGAGUCACGGAUUUCAGAAUAAAAUACCAUGAUCGAUACCAUGGGCGGCUCUGAUUGGCUGUGAACGAUAGCUGUUGACAGCUGAAGUCAUCAAUAUCGACGCGAAAACAUCUGCAAAAGUUACCAUUCCGAACGACACAGACAGCUGAGAUUGGAUUCUUGAUUAAAAGAAUAGGUUGAGAAACAAAAUAGUUAAACUCAUUUUCUAACUAGAUUUGCCGUCCGAAAAUAAGAUGCAAGAGAUUGUGAGCGCUUGUUUUUGAAAAAUUCUGACAAACUUUUUUUAUCUCUGUGUUAUAUUUAAGAUGCACAAAAAUGCAGAGUGAUUUCAAUCCAACGGAUAAGAAAGAAAGAUAAAAAGCAAGAAUUCUUUUUGGAAAUAUAAAUAGUAUAUAAUAUAUGAAAAAUGCAUGUAUAGAGGAAAAUCUUACUAUAAAGAAAAAAGUUCUAAAAAAAAGUUGAAACAUUAUUUUUUUCUCAUCUUAUUGAAAAGUUUCUGAGAAACUCGUAACUAGUAAAAUAUUACAAAAGAUAAGUGCCUGAAUUCAUUAUUUUUUUACGCGUUAAAAUGAAAAAAAUGAAACAAGAUGAAACAAAGCAUUGAGGUGAGACAAUUUUUCCAAAGUACAUACUAUUUUUCUUUGUAUCAAACAAAACGACACGUAAAAUCUUUUCGAAUAAUUUUUUCGAUAUAA